GUCUACAAGGACAGCAGUCUGAGAAGGACAAUACCCUGAAAGUCAUGCCUGCAGUCAAAGAAGAUACAAUCAUUUGCUUGGUGAUGGGUCCUAAGCCAAAAAUUGCCAAGGUGAGUUUUCAGACGGCAUGCCUUGAUCUCCAAAACAUCAACAGAAACAAUUCCUUUUUGGCAAUAAAUUCUGAAGGAACCUACAACAUCAUAACAAAUGUGAAAAUUUCCUCUGAGAACUGUAAUAACAGCAACAACGGGCUCAAAUCAGAUGACGAAACAACAAUAGAAGCUGAGCUGGAUCUUGCUGAACUGACCUUGGAUGAGGCAAAUCAACAAAAGUUCAAAAAUAUUAAUAUUUUGACUGAACACAACAUGAUAAGUGAUUACCAAAAUCAAGCAGAAAUAUUAGAGAAGCAGGUUGAAUUACUGGACUUUGCCUCAAACAUACAGGCAUCUCUACAAUUAAUUCAGCCUGCUGCCUCAAUAGCCAAUUUUAUUUUUUCCUUCAUUUUGCCAAGCGAUUUGGUUUUAAUUACAAAUCUAAUGCAGUUAAGGUUAAAUCAGAUCAAUGGGAAAUUGGACAAAUUGUUAAAUAAUUUAAACCUCAUGGAAACAAGCAUCAAAUCUUCGAUCGCAUUUAACACAUUCAUCUCAACAUACAUGGAUUGGGAGUAUGCCAUUAGGAAUGGAGCAAUGAAACUGAGAAAUAUCAGACACCAAAUGGGACUAACACGAGACAAGAGGAGGCUCAGGAACCUUGCUCUAGAUUAUAUAACAUACUACAACAGCAAUCGAUUGGAAGGAAAAAUGAUCAACUUGUACCGUGUCUCAGUUACAGCAAACAACCCAACCAACCGAAACCUGUUUGAUCUCUUCAUUGAACACCAUUCUUGUGAUGUCACUCAAUUGUCAGGCCUAAUGAUCAUUCUUAAAAACCUGAUGACAAAUGCUGCCCAGCAGAUCAUGACUUACUACUACUUCAGGGGUGAGAAAGCUCGCAGCCAAAGCUGGUAUGAGAACAUAAAGGUGUAUCUCUUCCAAAUGCGCCAAGAGUUUCAAAAACGCGUCUAUUUUUGUAUGAGAAACACAAUUGACAAUGCAAAGAAAGAAGUGGAACAGAGCCUGGGAAGACCAACUGUCCCGUUGCCUGAGCUCUUAGUACAGUUUAUAUUAAAGAAGCUGUCGGUCCUGUUUCCCUGGUACGCUUGGGGAGUUGCUGAGUUUGAGCAGAUUCUUGGUUCAUCUUGUAAUUCUGAAUUGAUGAGGAAAGGCACCAACUACUUUUUUAAGAAGGAUGGACAGCAGAAGCGAAACAUCCUGGUAGUAUGGCAGGAUGCCAAUCAAAUCUCAAAUUGCAUUGACAUUAAUUGCAUGAAAACACUAGUCCCCUACUUGCGCUGUGAUAAGUGUAAUAAUAAUCAUGCAUAUGCUUCACAAAAUGUCCUGACCAAGACACGCUGUCCAGAGGCUUUAAACCCAAGGUGUAAUAGGAAUAAUAUAAAACUGACAAAGGGAUUGCAGUGGGACUGGAUUGCAGCUGAUACUGAUGCGCACAGCAACAGGUGCCAGGAACCGGAGGCCUGUAAUAAUCAUGGCAGUUGUUUCUCUGUCCCUGAUACAAGCCAAUUCGUGUGUAUCUGUUAUCCAAUGUAUGAAGGCAAGACAUGUGAUAAAAGAAUUGUUUCCAACUAUGACAUUUUAAGCCACUUGACCACAUUACGUAAAGAAUUCAUGGUUGCUAAUGGGGUUCCCACUAUAGUGGACGUCUACUUUGAACUACAGAAUGGAUUGAAAGCUAGUUUGAACGAGAUAAAAGAUGCUCUUCAAUACACACAGAACUUGGUUAAACACUCAGAGAUACUGUAUCAGGCCAGCUACAUUGUAAAACUUUAUCUUGACUUAAAACAAGGAAAAGUGAGUCUCGUUAUAUUUGGAGAGUUGCUGGAAAAAUUCUUGCAGAUUAAUUCAGUGCAUUAUAUUACUUUCAGACUGAAAGGAAUUAUACUUGGUGAAGGAAUAGCAGACGUAAAAGGAGAGGACAUUUUCAAUGUCUUCAAGAAAAGCUAUGUCUCUAAAUUUAAAAAUGCAUGUACAAAAACAUAUUCUACUGUUGUAAACAAUUUGAAAACAAAUCUAGUUUAUCUUGAUGAAGCCAUUGGUGAGGCAUUGUUAAUGUUCAAACAAUGGCAGAUUCAAAAAGGAAGUUCAUAUUCACUUAAGAGGCUUGGCUCCUUUGUGGAUGAAUUCAAGGCUCGGCAGAAUAGCUAUCAUUCCUAUUGGAAGAAUACAAGCUGCCCUUCACUAAUAGUUCCAGAUUUAAUUGAAAACUUCUGUACUGAGAAACUUAGUUUUGAAAAUAUGAGUGUCCAACUUAGUUGCUCAGAUCACAAAGUCCCAUCCCCUAGCUCUGUGCAGUGUGUCAGGAGGGAAGGUCAACUUGUGUGGAGUACAAUUCCAAAGUGCAACUACCAAUGGGCUGUAUGGGGAAGCUGGAGCGCCUGUUCUGUUACCUGCGGGCCUGGUAAAAGGUAUCGUACACGUGAGUGUAUGGGCCACGAGACAAGCCGCUGUGGUUCAGCGUCCAGGCAGGAAAUGGUCUGCAAUGAGAAGAAAUGUUGUCUGUCAAAGGAUGGAAAUUAUGCAUGUUCGAUUGGACAAUGUAUCCGUCAGUCACAAUUGGAGCGAGACCAUGAAACCACAGACCUGUCAGAUCUUUGGGGACAGAUGGAACCUUUGAAUAAGUGCCAGCUGACCGAUGAGAUUUAG